UAUAGUGGAGUUUAUUAAACAUACACUAGCACAAAAUAAAAGUUUUCACAGCCUAGGCCAAAAAAGAAAUUAAGAAAAAUAUAUUUUGACAGAUGUAUAGAGAGGAGGACAGAGGGAUCUCACGGGUCACAUUUCGCCUCUAGCAUUAUGUAAAUAAGGUGCAGGAGCAUGUGCCAUUUAAACCGCAGUGCCGUGCGGAGUGAGGGAUGAAGCACAGGCGCUGCACGGCAGGAGCCGGGGCCGUCGGUAGAUGGCGGUAACCCAAGAAACCUGAUCCACCGGGCUCCCGUGCACUCCGUUUCAGUUUGCAGCACUCGCAUUUGGAGACAAGAGAAGCGGAACAGUUUGAAGGACACCGAGAAGAACCAGCAGAGCCCACGUCGGGUCCUCUCUCGCGAGCAGGCGGCGGAGCGCUCUGUCAGCAGAGAACAACGGGCAAACUCGGAGCACCAUGGAAGACAAAUCCAAUUCGUUCUCCAGCAACAAGGAGGAGAAGGCGGAUGGGAAUAAUGUUUUUCAGAGGCAAGACUCGAUACAGAAAAAUAACACGGGGAGCCAGAACACGAAGGACCAUGGCAACUCCGUGGGCUUCAAGGGGGAGAGGGAAGAGGCCAUGGUCGGCUUUGAUGAUCUGGACGGGGCGUCCAGGCAGUAUGGUUUUAUGCAGAGGCAAUUCGGGGCGAUGAUGCAGCCCGGAGUCAAUAAGUUCUCCUUGCGUAUGUUCGGCAGUCAAAAAGCCGUGGAAAAAGAGCAAGAGAGGGUGCAGACGGCCGGAUACUGGAUCAUUCACCCAUAUAGCGAUUUUAGGUUCUACUGGGACUUGAUAAUGCUCAUCAUGAUGAUGGGGAAUCUAAUCAUCAUUCCUGUGGGAAUAACCUUCUUCUCAGAGCAGACCACCACCACCUGGCUGGUCUUCAACGUGGCUUCAGACACCAUCUUCUUGGUGGACCUGGUCAUGAACUUCAGGACAGGGAUUGUCAAUGAGGAGAGCUCCGAGAUCAUCCUCGACCCCAAGGUCAUCAAGAUGAAUUACCUGAAGAGCUGGUUCGUGGUGGACUUCCUCUCCUCCAUUCCCGUGGAUUAUAUCUUUUUAAUAGUGGAGAAAGGGUUUGACUCGGAGGUGUAUAAAACUGCACGCGCUCUGCGAAUCGUCCGCUUCACCAAGAUUCUCAGUCUCCUGCGUCUGUUGAGAUUGUCCCGGCUCAUCAGAUACAUACAUCAGUGGGAGGAGAUUUUCCAUAUGACCUAUGAUCUGGCCAGUGCAGUGGUAAGAAUAUUUAAUUUGAUAGGGAUGAUGCUGCUUCUGUGUCACUGGGAUGGCUGUCUCCAGUAUCUGGUGCCUCUCCUCCAAGACUUCCCUCCUGACUGCUGGGUGUCCCUAAAUGGUAUGGUUAAUGUUUCCUGGGGGAAGCAGUAUUCAUAUGCCCUCUUCAAAGCCAUGAGCCACAUGCUGUGUAUCGGGUAUGGUGCACGGGCGCCAGUCAGUAUGUCUGACUUGUGGAUCACCAUGCUGAGCAUGAUCGUUGGCGCCACGUGCUACGCUAUGUUCGUGGGCCAUGCUACCGCUCUAAUCCAGUCAUUGGAUUCAUCACGCAGGCAGUACCAAGAGAAGUAUAAGCAAGUGGAGCAAUACAUGUCCUUCCACAAGCUUCCAGCAGAUAUGCGGCAGAAAAUCCAUGACUACUAUGAGCACCGCUAUCAAGGCAAGAUUUUUGAUGAGGACAACAUCCUGAGUGAACUCAACGAUCCACUCAAAGAGGAAAUUGUCAACUUCAACUGCCGUAAGCUCGUGGCCACUAUGCCUCUGUUCGCCAAUGCCGACCCCAACUUUGUGACGGGGAUGCUCAGCAAGCUGAAGUUUGAGGUUUUCCAACCUAAUGACUACAUCAUUAGGGAAGGCACAGUUGGGAAGAAGAUGUACUUCAUUCAGCAUGGGGUCGUCAGCGUCAUCACCAAGUUCAACAAGGAGAUGAAACUAACUGAUGGGUCCUACUUUGGAGAAAUCUGUCUGCUCACCAAGGGCAGACGGACAGCAAGCGUGCGUGCAGACACCUACUGUCGACUCUUCUCUCUGUCUGUUGACCAUUUCAAUGAGGUGCUAGAAGAAUAUCCUAUGAUGCGACGUGCAUUUGAAACUGUAGCCAUCGACCGGUUGGACCGCAUUGGGAAGAAGAACUCAUUACUGCUGCAGAAGUUCCAGAAGGAUCUGAACGCCGGCGUGUUCAACACACAGGAGAACGAGAUAUUGAAGCAGAUUAUCCGUCAGGACAGGGAGAUGGUGAUGAUGGUGGACCGCAAGCAGUCAGUUACCGGGAUGAACUCGACUCCAAUGUCAGGAAACUCCAUCAUUAACUCACCAGCUCAGCCGCCCUACUCCACUGUUUUUGGCACCGCUCAGCUACAGCAGUCCUCAGUACCUAUGACUUAUAGUGCUUCAGCUAUUGCCAACGCCUCUGUUGCUCGCAUGCUGCCAGUCGCUGCCGCUGCCGCCGCCGCUGCACAAGGAGGGUUCCCAGCUCCCAGUCUUUCCCAAGUUAAUCUGAAUUCCUCGUCACAGACAGCAUUGCAGCAGCAGGGAGCUAUCAUGUCACCCUGCUCCUUCACGGCAGCCAUGUGCAGCCCGCCUGUUCAGACCCCGUUGGCUAGCCGGAGCUUCCAAUAUGGUUCACCAACGGCUUCCCAGCUGUCACUUAUCCAGCAGUCCAUUGGCCAACCAUCUCUGCCUAUCCAGCAACAGCUCAUUCAGCAGCCGACUGCUUCUACUGCUGCUGCGACCUCAGCGCCGCAGCAGCAGGUCCCUUCACCUCAGCGGGGAGAUAUCCACAAGAGCACACAGGCUCUUCAGUCUGGCAGCUUGAGUCGAGAUGUCCGACACCUGUCGGCCUCCCAACCAUCACUGCCACAUGACACGUCUCUGGGGCCCAGAGCUCAUCCCACCUCUGGGGAAUCUCUGGCCUCCAUUGUGCCACCGACAGCGGCAGCCAUCCAGGGAAUAAGUCUACAAGGCGGCAUCCGCACUACAGUGCCCCAGCGGGUCAGUCUGUUUCGCCAGAUGUCGUCAGGAGCCUUGCCCCCAGUGCGUUCAGCUGUUUCGGCAUCGGCAGCAGCGGCGGCAGUGGGAGCAUCUUCAUCCACGACCCAGCACAGGGAAUCUCCUGGAUCUAGAAGAGAUUCUGUCCUGAGCAGUGCAGAGACUGAGCAAGACAAAAUGCGUUUUGCAUCAAAUUUAUGAUUCCAUACUCCCCUUUGUUUACUUUCUUUUUUUUUUUUACUUAAUUGUGUUUCAAUUCAUCUUUAAGAUGGGUAUAGAACAAAAGAGGUAAAAAUGAGGAAUUUCUGAAUUUAUUUGUUUCUCUCCAAUUUUCCUCUAAAGUAACCUCAUAGAAAUCUUAUAUGUAUAUAAACCCUUGUAUAAUAUUUUAGAAAUUUUUGUCUCCCUAAACUUAAGAAUGUAUAUUAUACAGAUACAUGUGAGUGGAUGUUUGAGAGUGUGGAUGUGUGCAGCUGCAAGUGUGUAAAAUCCAACUAUAAUAUUGGCAAAGGCAAUUUAAAGCUGUAGUAUAAAAAUGAGUCUUCCUUUCUAAAAAAUAUAUGAAAUGAUAUAUCAUGUAUGACUUUUUUUAUUCUUAUUUUUAUUAAUUUGUUUUCCUUUCACUUUGCUUUCUUUUUUAACUGGAAUGCAAUGUAGAUUUUUUUUUUUUUUUUACUUAACUCAAAAAGAAAAACUGUCGUCUCCUGUUAAACAGCUUUAGGCAUCACUGUGUAAUUAUUAAUGCAAUUAACUCUGACAAAGAAAUUUAAAAAGCACAUGAAAAAACCUAAUGAUGUUGCUGAGACUUUGCUUCAGUGAUCAGAAUAAAUACUGAAACUGAGUAUGAAGUUGCUCCCAGUGAUGAGAAAACAGUCUGCUGAGCCGUUAUAUCCCCAAGGCAGGCUCACAUACAAACCAUGACAGUGUUAUGGGUCCAAAGGGAAUAGGUAAUAGAAAUGCUGCUUUCUUUGUUUAUUUCUUUGGUGAGGACGGAGCGUGGGGAUGGAUAUGGAUGGAUGAUAUUGUUUUUUUUCUAUUUCUGAUUUCAGAUGGUUGAGAUCUUACAUAAUGUUGCGUAAAAGAAAUCUGUGUAUAUUUAUAAUAUUUAUAAACUAAAGAUUAUCACCAUUAUGCAAUAGACUGUGACAUAAAUAUCUAUAUGUGUGCUGUAAAUAGUUUUGUAGAUCUAGGAUUUACAGAUACUGUGUUGUGCAUUCUCUAUCAUAACAAUGUCUUACUUCUAUCAUCUAUAUGCGACAGAGGUUAAGUGACAAAAUACGUAUGUUUCAUAAGAGAUGAGCAAACCUUAAUGCAAGAGCUAGCAGAACUUGAUGCAGAGAAAUUUAGGCUUAAAGGAUAUUUAUGUUUCCUGCUCUUUUCUCUGGCUGCAUGCUAUAUUUAGGUAUAGUAUCAGUUAUGGAUUAGCAUCAGUACAUAAUAUUUAGAACUAGAUUUGUGUUUUCUAAUCCAAAGUAGAUAAGUUGUUACCAUCAUCCCACUUUCUGAAAGACACAAAUCAAUUUUCCAAUGGUUUUUACUAACCUUACUGUUCAUAUUCAAGGGUAAAAAUAUUCUUUUCAUUCCUAUUUAUUGUUAUUAAAAACGUCCAUUUGACUUGUCCCUUGUUUGCAAGCUGACGUUUAUGGCGUUUUACACUAUAAUAGUAUAGCGUAGAAAACUACUUAAUUUGGGUUAUUUUGCUUGCACAGUCCUAGAUCAAAUAUGUACGAUGGAGUAUUGGGGCCAAACUAAGAGAAUUCUUAUUUAUUUAUUGGAGAUUAUGAGAAUAAAGUCUUAAUAUAAGGUCUACUGGAAUAAAGUCAUGAAAUUACAAGAAUAAAGUCCUAACAGUGCAAGAAUGAACUCAUAGUAUUACGAGAAUAAAGUAGAAAUUUUAUGAGGACUCUUACAAGAAAGUGCAGUCUUCCAUCUGCGUUAAAAUGAAGAAGGUUGAGCAUCUUGUGAAGUUAUACUUUUGUAUUGUUUUCAAAAAUAAGGAAAUACUUUUAGCACAUUAGCAUCAAAUUAUCAUUAGCAUCAGAACUUUGAAACGACUGUGUGUAUUUCAAAGAAAGAACUGCACGGAUUUGGAAGAAAUUGCUUAUUUCGUGGAAGAAGAGCUGUCUCAUUAUAACUUUAUUUUAGUUUUAUUAUGACUUUAUUCUGCUAAUAGUAUAAUUUUAUUCUCAUAAUGUUAUGACUUUAUUUUUGUUCCCCCCCAAAAAAUGUUUUAUUUUAAUCUGGCCCUAAUACAUCAUAAAUAUGGACCAAUCCAGCCAAGGAUUUAUUUUACACAACACUGUUUAUUAAUAUUUUUGAUAUCUCCCAUAUGUGUUUGAAUAAAACCUAAUUAAAUUAAUUGUAAAAUUAAUACCGUUAAAGAAAAUAGCUUCUAUGCCUGUCUGACUGACAUAAAGACCCAUUCUUUGAUCAAAAGGGUAAGGCCAGCAAGCCAGCAAAAGCUUACACAAUAACUACUUAGCUUGAAAAAGGCUGUUAUCUCAAGUGAACAAACUUGUUCUCUAGAGUGAAAUAAAAUGAAAAACACAACCCACUGACAUUACCCUUAUUAUAAAACACAAUUUACCGUCAUAUAGUUUUUAUUUCAUCCUGUGAAGGAGGUUCAGUGAAGCCUGAUCAGUAUGCUGCAUACUGUACAUCAAAAUGGCUGUCUUCAUAGGAUGAUGAGGCUUCUUUUUGUCUCUUUCCUAACCCAACAAACUGGGUCACAAAUGUUGACCCAAAGUUUGGUUAAAAUGACCAAAUUUCUAUUUCAACAGCAUAGAACCCGGCAUUUUAUUUACAGGAAAAACGGCCUUCAGUUUUUACAGUCCAUAAAGACCACUAAAUAUUUAAUCAAACUGGAUGUUGAACCUAGCUAUCACCAACUAAUAGCACCAACAAGUUUAUCUUAUGUGAUCAAACAGGGCCAUCUAACAUUGUAAUUAUUACAUUUUACCACCUUAACAUUUCUCGUUCCAUCCUGUGGAAAAGGAUCAGUGACAUUUAAUCAGGUCAUUGUUUAAUUCAAAAUGGUCAGUGAAUAAUGAUGCUUCUUAAUCUCUUUCAACCAUAACAAACUGGAUCACAGCUUUUGUCCAGUCAAAAAUACCCACUUUACCUAAUAAACCUUGAAAUAAAAGGGAAACGUACAGAUUUAAUUGACAUUGCUUUUUAUUUUACUAUUAACCACAUAUUAUCAUUAGCCUUUUUAUAAUUCACAUUAAAACAAUAAUCUUAAUAAUGCUCCAUGUGUUUUACUUCCCAGUCAAAAUAUCUAUGUUUUUCCCCAGCAAGGGGAUCAUAAUGAAAAUAAACAGGGAAAGUUAAAAUGAGACCACAUGGUCAUAGUUGUUGAUAAAUCCCAAUAGGCCAACUCUCAGAGUCCAGAGUUUAUAUUCUCGAUAUAUGGUGGACAAAUUAUUACAUAAUAUUUAACCAGCAGACAGACCAUUAUGUUUUUUAGUAAUUGUAUCUGAUGUGUGUGAAGACACAACUUGCUAUGAUUCUGUCCCUAAAAAUGGAAAAUUGAACUACAAAUAAGGGUAGUGCUAGUUUCUUAGAUUAAUAGUGUUUGACCAACUCCUAGUCUAUGUGUAAUGAUGUGAGCUGUCAGGCUGAAUGUUGUAGACUCUCUUCAAGUCUUGGGCAUUAGGUGAAUUGCAUGUAUACAGCCAUCUCCAAACACACACAUACACACACAGCAGAAGAAAGAGGAGAAGUAAAGUGAAGCACCCCUCUUCAAAUGACCUACAAAGACAUGCUUAAAAGAUAGGCAACAUAAGAGGGCUUUGGUACUGUAAUCUUGGUGUAUUGUAACUAAAGAAUAUCACAGACACUUUAUAAAGACCUCAGGAAAUUGUAUUAAUGGUUAAAAAAGGAAGCCGAUCAAGAGUGGAGGAUAAAGAAAUGCUGGUUUGCAUUAAGGUUUUUGUCUCAUGUAACUCCAUCAUGUGGGCUUAGGUACUUUAAACUGACCCGGACAUUGAGGCAUGAAAGUUUAAAGUUAAGCAAGAAUAACACAUUAUCUGAUGACUCAAAUAAAAGCAGCUAUUGUCACUGCUUGCAGGUCCAUUCCGUGCACAUACAGUAGGUUGUACAUUGUGCUCAAGGCCUUACUGCUGUCUCCUUAAUCAAAUGUGACAAAUUCUUAUUCAUGCACAAUUUCGAUUCAGAGCUGCCGCUUUUAUGGCACCAAAUCCCAUCAGUUCACAGUGACUAAGCCCUUUGAGAUACUGUUUUAAAAGACUACAAGUCUUCACCCCAGACUGUGUCGAUAGUUCACUAAUCCAGUCAACCCACCACUGUCAUGAAAGCAUGCGUCGUCACAAAUACUUAAAUAGAAACUAUCUCGAAAAUGUUGACGUUAAAUGUUAAUGUUAGAUCCUCUUUUGUUCACUGUCCUUCUGCCUAGAUGUUAUCUGUGUGUUGAAACAGAAGCAUUGACUUUUUUGCAUUAACGGUCUGAAGUAUUUGUGCCUAAAACUUUCGCCAUGUUCCAUCCUUUUUUUGUUGCGGGUGUGAGCUCGCCGCACACUAGCGUCAUUUCUGCACACGGCUGCGCGUUCACUCUUACUAUACUCUGUGUGUGUUCUAUGUCUAAGUGUUUAUAGACGAGGAAGUAGUUAACAAUAAUGAUGGCCAAAUGUCUCAACGUAUGCAGCUGGUGUCUUCACUCACAGUGAAAACUGCUGGAAGCGGUUCUUUUUUAUUUUCUAAAACUCUCAAAUUAUAUAGAAAUGUCAUGAGGCAAUGUACAGUUUAAAGAAAAAGUGCAAUCUGUAGACAUGCAGAUACAUCACAGACAUGAGACAUUACAUAAAUUUGGAGCAUCUUUAUACCUUUCUUUGUAGCUAUCCACUGAUGUAAAGGUUGAGUACUGAUGGAUGAAAAGAAACUGGCCAAAGCAAAACAUUCAAAGUCUUUGUCCUUGUUUUUAAAUUGCACUUUCUGACUUACUAAUGAAAAGACAGGUGUUCUUUCAGCUAGGUUAGGUGCUGGAUGAGGUAUAAAAGGGAGCAAUAAAAGGAGUUUGUGCUGCCCUCAUCUUGUUUGAGUUUCUAAACGGGAGCGGGUGGGCAGUGUUCUAUUUGCAACAGAGAGCGCUUAAUCGUGAAUAUGCCAUAGUGUAUAGGAACUAGUACACAGUCGAGAUGAAUUGCAGCACUGUUGGUUUGUGCUGUUUUUGAUACUUGCCUUUGGAGGGAGAGCUUCCCAACUAUGUGCUUUUUUUUUCACCAAACAAAUCGCUACGAACAUACCGGAAUGGGCAUUAUCAGUGACGUUUAACACAGAAUAACGAGCAUACUCAUUAGCAGUUUAGAGACUGUCAACAAACCAGCACGUAUAUUAUUUAUAUAUAUAUUUCUUUGUGGUAGUUUUGUUGGUAUGGGGGGUUGACAAGAUGCAAAAACAACUGAUAACAUUCAUGUAGGAUGAACCAAAUUUUUAUUUGGUUUUGAUGAUAAGUUUUAUAUGUUUACUGAUGAUGUGAGUUGUGCAAACCCAACUUACAUGGUCACUGUUUAGCUCAUUCCCAUAAUCCAAGGCUUAGAGAAAACAAAUUGUCUGUUGGUUACUUAAAACAGAGGAAAGAAGAAUACAUGUAAAACUUUCUUACGAUAAUAUGCAGACAAACAGUGUUUGUCAAAAACUCUUUUUGAUUUUUUUUUUCAUUUAUUUUGUUUGUAAAUAAUAAACCUUGAAAAUAUAGAAAAUAAACGACAUAUUGUCAUUUAAAAUGA